GAAACAUGGACAAAUCUUCCAUUAACGCCCAAAAGUCAUUAGUCCAACUUCAGGCACAAGCCAAUGAGUUGUACCAAAUCAUAAGCUCCGAAUCGUCUCGACCUGCCCUGUCAUUACUUGGGAUUCUAAAUAAACUCAAUAGUUUUGAUGGGCCCUGGAAAGAAGUACCAGAUCAACAAGUAAUAGAAUUUCUCUUCCUGGGUAGUAAAUCAUUACCUACAACUCAUGAGGCAUGCUCAGCGUUUUGCAAGUUUAUGUUUAAGCAAUGCUCUAAGCAGAUCCGAUUGAGCAGCUUACGAUCUUUUCAAUUCGAUUCAUGUAUCACAUUUCUCUUGAACGGUCUCGAAACAACAGAAGCACCCGAACUUCGGGUUGAUCUGUUGCGUGCAUUAAGUGCUCUUGUAUUUGAGAACACGUCAAAUGUAUCUAGGUUUUAUCCUCGUCUUGCAACCAAUUUACUUGUCCUGGCUAACCGAUCCAUCAAACCGUUGGAGGUCCGUCGAAUGGCGAUCAAUUGUAUCGGCAAUACUUGCGCCGGCGCAGGGCCCAAACUAAAUGCAUAUUACAAAGAUUACUAUGAAGUAUUGCUCUCUAAUUUGUGUGUCGUGGAUCACACAUCUCGAGGCACUAUCAUGGUAGCAUCUUCCUCUCUUGAUUUUACAGACCCUGGCGUUAGAAAGAUUGCAAGCAGCACAUUACGAGCACUACAAUUCUUGCUGUCUCAAGACAAGACCCUGGUGACAAACCCUUUGUGCGAUAUGAUUGAUAUUGUGUACAACUUUGUCUUUGCCCAUGUGUCUGUUCAAGCAUACAAUCCAAUCCCACCAAAAAUAGACAACCCAAUGCCCAUUCAACUUUCAGCAUCUACUUCCAAGCAAAGACUUGGGCAAAUUCGUACACAGCAACAACAGCAGCAGCAGCAACCCAUCUCGCCAUCUACUCGUACUCAAUUCUCAUGGAGACCAUCCAUGCUUUCUAGAACAAUGGGUGCCCUCAGCUCAGAUUCCGAAUUAUCGGAUUCUGAUUCACCGCUAAACAGUCUACGAAAACAGCGAGACGAUGCCAAAAUUCGAAUCAAUGCUUUGUUGUGUCUUGCUGCAAUUGCAAAGACAUCCCCUCGCGCAUUAUACCCCAACUGGCACAAGUUUAUUCCAGAUUCGAUGACUAUAUUUUUCAAUAACAACACUGAAAUUGGAUCUAAUUCUCAAAGGCUUUCUCCUACCCUCAGAUCAGAUAACCAGCCUUUUUCACUGUUCACAUUGAUAAUAUAUGAUCCAACAGUGACUGUACGUACAGCUGCGUGCAAUGCUCUUAUUGCAAUGUUGGAAGGGUCUAAACAAUAUCUAAGUAUUGCAUCUGAGAGAGAUACCAAGUCUUCAUUCACAUCCUUGUCUGAGCGUGUGGCAUCUAUUCUGAGAGAUCUCCAUGCAGGUAUUAUGAUUGCAUUAAAUAAGGAGCAAACCCCUCAAGUACAGGCACUCUUAUUAAAGGCUGCAACCAACUUGGUUCAAAACUGCUCGUAUGAGCGUCUGGCACUCGGCCAUCUUACAAAACUUUAUCGUUCUGUUCUUUCCAAUUGGAAUAAAUCAAGUAUAUCAUUACGUAUUGGCAUCCUUCAGGUCUUGUCGGCAAUUGUAGAGGCAAGACCUGGCAAAGGAGAAGUAUCAGAAUUGAUCAAGAGCAACUUGGAGAUUGAAGACAAGACUCUUCCGUGCCUUCCGAAUCUUUUGUUAGAGAUCCAGGGUAAUCAGACUGAUCCAGGAUAUACUGAACUUAAGGUCGAGAAGUGGCAGACGUUUGGAAUGCUAGCCAAAUCACAGUUUUCAUUGAUCUUAAAUUUGUGGCCUGAUAUUAAGCCAGACUUUGAAGAAUCUCUUGGAGACAAAGAUCCUCUGGUCCGUGCAGCUGCACUUAGAUUUAUUGAGUGUUAUGCCAGCUCUAUGGAUAAAUCGCUUGCAGAGGAUCAAGAUACAGAAUUGAUGCAGGAAUACAUAGACUGGUGGAUAGUUAUGAUAGGAGAGUAUAUACAACAGACAUCAUUGGAUAGCGAAGGCAUUGUACGUGCAAUUAGUUGCGAUUGCGUUGGCAGUAUUUCCAAGUAUAUAUUUGCGAGACUUAAUCCUCGAAUCCAAACUCUCUUGGUAACACUAAUCCUCCCUCUUCCUCGAGAUGAAGACCCAAAUGUCAGAGCUGCGGCUUGUAGAACCUUGGGUGUCUUUGUACUCUUUCAAGACUUAAGAGAAGAUCCUCUGUUUGUUUCGGAUAUGGCCUCCGCUUUGAUGGAACAAAUGAACGACAAGGUGAUCAAUGUUCGUGUACGAGCCAGCUGGGCACAAGGCAAUUUGUGCGAUGCUCUUGUAUUAGAAAGCGAAAAGCAAGGUUUUUGUAUUGAGGAAUGGGUCUCUACUUCUCUCUGGACUGAUCUAAUAAGCACUGCAACUACAGCUGCCCUUGAUAAUGACAAGCUACGAUCCAAUGCUGUACGAGCCUUAGGAAGUUUGCUGCGUAUCACACCUUGCUCCUAUUUUGACCAAGGCCGUAUCAUGCUUCUACUAAAGAAUGCAAUGACUGCUCUGAUCAAGAACAUUGAAACCGGCACACUCAAAACCAGAUGGAAUGCCUGUCAUGCUGCUAAUAAUAUGCUUCGCAAUCCAGACUUUCCUGUCGGAUAUAUGGACAAGGAUCAAAUGUAUCCUUGGACAACCGGUUUUUAUCGGGCCUUGUGUUCAUCUCUGACCCAGUGCAAGAAUUUUAAAGUGCGUAUCAAUGCCUGUCUCGCACUUACCAGACCUUCGUUACAAGCUCAGUACGGCAGCCCAGAUCAAUUUAAAUCGAUUGUGAAUUCGGUUGUGGAGGCCUACAAGACAUGUCUAGAUGACAAAGAAACCGAAUUCCAAGAACUAGGCUACAAAGAUCAAUUGAAAUUAAAGACAAUCGAAGCACUUGGCCACAUGGAACCUUGGAUCGGGCCAGGCAAAAUAAAGGAAGAUGUGGAUUGUAUAUUGAAAAAUAAUGAACAAUUAACGACUAACAAUGAACAAUAAACAAUGAUUAAUG